GCUACUGAUAAGUAAAGCGGAAAAAGUGAGUGAACGAAACUUGAUACUGAGGCGAAGAAGUACACAAGAAUCUAGCAAGCUGAAAGCAGGUGGGGAUCACUCAUAACCAAGCAUAUGCUAAUGUUAAGCCAUGAAGCAAGCUCUCUGCGUAGAGCUCCAGCAGUUUAUCCCUUGAAGGCACAGCGAGUGCGAGCUGGGUCGAGAGAGAAGUUUCACAAACAUUCCUUCAGGUUUGCAGGAAUUUGGUACUUGGAAAAUCACUGCUGCUGAACAAUGUGGUGGUCGGGAUGGUGGUGGACUCUUGUGUUAUCGACGGCGGCAGCUGUGCUGCUUCCGUUAAUCGUCUUCUCCAGGUUUCUGUUCCUCGAGAGGAGGGAAUCUGGAAGUGGGAGCUCAAAUGUCUCUUCACAAUCUGCGCCAACCACACCAGUCAAAGCUUCCGAUUCUGAGCUUAGUCCCGAAUCUGCCUCACUGCCUCUUUCCACUGGAGUGUACGAGGUGUUCGUGAGCUGUACAGGUCCUGAAAUUCAGAACCAUUUCGGAGAUUUCCUCUACAACUACCUGGCUCGUUCGAAAAUUCGGACGUUUGGAAACGAGGAGCAGCUUCCCAAAGGCCAGAAGAUUGUUCCUGCACUCUUGGAUACCAUUACUCACUCCAAGCUCUACAUUCCAAUUCUCUCCAAAGACUAUGCUUCCAGCGAAUGGCGCCUCAGAGAGCUUGCGAAAAUGGUAGAGUGCUGCAAGGUAGGAACGGGGCACCUCAUUCUGCCCAUCUUCUACUUUGUACAGCCCGCGGAAGUGCAGCAUCAAAAGGGUGCUUACUCGGAGGCAUUUGAGCUACACAAGAAGGAACAUGACGAUGAGACUGUCAACAUAUGGAAAGCAGCUUUGGAAGAGGUCGGUGCUAUUAAUAAUGGAUGGAUUGUGACCGCCUCCGAUGGGCAGGGAGCAAUUGUGGAGCAGGUUUACUCAACAGUAUGGUCACAUCUGAGGCAGGAUUACCUAUUAAUGACCGACGAGCUGGUUGGGAUUGAGCAUCAUGUGGAGGCAGUAGUAGAAUUACUCCAUGUAGAAAGUGAAGGAGUCAAAACCGUUGGCAUUCAUGGAAUGGGUGGGAUUGGGAAGACCACUAUUGCCAUGGCUGUCUACAACAAAGUAUUCACUUACUUUGAUCGCUGUAGCUUUGUGGAAGAUAUACGAGAAAUUUUAGCACAACCCGAUGGCGUUGUGACUCUGCAGAAAAAGAUUAUCUCUAGCAUUCUUAAUAUGAAGAAGGAUGACUGUCAUAUUAGGGAUGCAAGUGAGGGGAUAUACAUGAUAAAAGAUAGAGUUUGCCAACACAAAGUUCUCAUUAUUCUGGAUAAUGUGGACAGUCAAUUCGACUUUGGCAAAAUCUUAGGUAAGCGGGGCGAUUUUUCCUCUGGAAGUAGGUUCAUUAUUACAACAAGGGACAGGAAACUUCUAAAUUUGCUUCAAGAAUAUGAGUUGUAUGAGCCUCCAACAAUGAAUCCUGAGAAUUCCCUUCAACUUUUCUGCAAGCACGCGUUGGGAAUGGAUUCUCCGCCAGAAGAUUAUGCAAUGUUAUCUAGGGAGAUCGCAUCUACUGCAGCAGGGCUUCCGUUGGCUCUUAAGGUAGUAGGUGCAAGUUUAUUUGGCGAAGAUAAAGCUAUCUGGGAAGAAACAUUGAUUCAACUAAGAGAAACACCGCCUGCAGAGGUCCAGGAGAGGCUGAAGAUAAGUUUUAAAGCAUUAGCAUAUGAGGAGCAGCAGAUCUUUCUUGACAUUGCUUGUUUCUUCGCUGGAGAGGACAAAAAUACAGCUUCGUAUAUGUGGAGCGACUGCAAACUCUACCCAGUGAUUGGGAUUAAUGUCCUUGUUCUUAGGUCGUUUAUAAAGAUUGGAGUCGACGGCGAGAUUAGGAUGCAUGACCAACUUAGAGAUCUUGGUAGAGCAAUUGUACGAGAUGAAAAUGUGGAACCCUGGAAACGCAGUAGGUUGUGGUCUAAUGAGGAAUCCUUGGAUGUGCUAAAGCUUAAGAAGGGAACAGAGCUGGUUAAAGGAUUUAGAGUCAAUUUGAAGUUGGAGCCUGCAGAUCAACAUCAACUCACAAGUGAGCAAUUGAAUAACUUAUCAGACUUGAGAUAUCUUGCAGCACGUUAUGCAGACCUUUGUGGGAACUUCCACGAUAUUUUUUCAAAUUUAAGGUGGCUUGACUUGCGCUACCAUCUUGGGAACUCAGGGUUGACCAAUUUUCGUCCCGCGAAACUUGUAAUUCUCGAUUUAUCUGGAAGUGGUAUCAAAGCUGACUGGGAAGGUUGGGGCAACAUUAAGGUGGCUGAAAAUCUCAAGGUCCUAAAUAUCUCCAACUGCAGUAAACUAACAAAGGCUCCUGACCUUUCUGCCCAUCGGAAUCUUGAGGUGUUAAAUCUAGAUGGAUGUGUUAAGAUCGUUCAGGAGUUGGGUGUUAGCGGCUUGAAAAACCUGAAGGUGCUAAAGCUUAACAAUUGUGGAAUAACAAAGUUAGCUGACAAGAUUGGAAUGCUUCAGAAGCUUGAACAGAUAGAAGCAUCAUGGUGUCCCAAUUUGAAAGAAGUUCCUGAUGAUAUUGGCCAAUUAGCCUCUCUGAAGACCUUGAUUAUGGAAUCUCCUCAAAUUUUUCACCUACCAGCAAGCAUUUCUAAGCUUUCAAGCCUUGAAACCCUUGAUUUACAAGGCUGUCUUGAGAUUCAAGAACCACCAGAGCUUCCGGCAAGUUUAAAGAAGUUAACCAUUACAUCUCCUGUUCCCAAUCUGUUGGACCUAAAGGAGUUGAAAGAGUUACGCAUUGACGAGUCAAGCGAGAUUAAAGAGAUCCCAAGAGAUAUAUGGAUAUUGUCCAAGCUGGAGAUCAUACAUCUGUAUGCUACUCCUAACAUCAAAAUUCUACCCUUAGGGGUUGGUGCCCUAACCCAACUUGUGGAACUCAGGCUGAACUCCUGCGAGGGUAUUCAGUGCAUUGAAAAGCUCCCGCCGUCUCUAAAAAUACUUUAUAUUGGUGGAUCUCCACUGUUGCAGAGAUUGCCAACUCUAGAAAACCUGCAAAAUCUGAUCGAGUUGAUACUGUCAUGCCCCAAGCUACAGGAGAUUCCAGGUCUUGGAGAACUGAAACUACUAGUAAAUUUGCGCAUACAUAAUGCCUUCAAUUUGCAUCAUCUCAAUGGAUUUGAGAACCUCACAUCUUUGAAAGCCCUGCUAAUUGAAAAGUGUCGCUCUAUGGAAAAUUUGCCAAGUCUGGCAACUCUGAAGAAGCUAAAGAGGCUCGAGAUUUGUGAAUGCCCCAAGUUCAGUGAAUUUCAGGGCCUUGAGGAAGUGGAGUCCUUACAAUCUCUUAUUAUUGGGGAUUGUAUAUCCUUUGAAUGGUUGCCUAAUCUUGAGACUCUGAAGAAUUUAUCUAGACUGGACAUCUAUAGAUGUCCCCGUCUUACUGAAAUCCAAGGCCUCGGCGAGCUCCAGUCGUUGAAGGUUCUGUUCGUUCGAAAUUGUGAAUCACUGGAAAGGUUACCUUGUCUGGCUAGUUUGAAGAACAUAAGCAGAAUCGAUAUCUGCAAAUGUUACUGUCUCACUGAAAUCCAAGGCCUGGGUGAAUUGGAAUCUCUGGAACAUCUUGAUUUGAGUGACUGUACAUCCCUAGAGAGGUUACCUGAUCUAUCGACCAUGACAUUGCUAAAAACACUGAUACUAGAUAAUUGCGAGAGUCUGUCGAAUGUUGAAGGCCUUGAGACUCUUGAAUCACUAGAGACACUGAACUUGGGUGACUGUCAGUCGAUGAAACGACUGCCAUGCCUGUCACGGUUAAGGAAGCUGGAAAAGUUGGUCAUGAAUGAUAGCCUGCAUUUACGCGAGAUCGAGAGCCUUGAAGGCCUGGAAUCGUUGCAGAAACUGGACGUUUCUGGAUGUAUGGCGCUUGAAACUUUACCAGAUCUGUCUGGUCUUAAGAAUCUUAAGGAGUUGGACCUCAGUGAAUGCGUGAAGCUGACUGAGAUCAGGGGACUUGAGGAACUGCAGUCACUUAAAGUGCUGAAGAUGAAUGAUUGCAAAUCGAUUGAGAAGUUGCCAAAUGUCUCACGUCUCAAGAAUCUGGACACUCUGCGUCUAUGUGGCUGUAAGAAACUGAGUGAGGUCGUUGGACUAGAAGGAUUGAAUCUAUCGCUUCUCGACAUUUCUGGUUGCAGGUUGCUGUCAGGUAUACCAGAUUUUCCCAACACGAAAGUCCGGAGAUAGCAGAUGCUCUCCAUGAGGAAAAACUCAGUAACUAAUGGAUAUUUCUGCAGUACGAUCAGCCAGAAUUUCCACUCCGUGCUGACAGCUCACUCUCUCAGGUCACUGCUCACUCAUCUGAAUCUAUCACAGCCACUGCUUCUCCCCGUAAUCAUCUCAAAUGGUGAAAAAUAUUGAAGCUGAGCUCACUGGUUUGGAAGAUGAGUUGCCAAGCAAAGCCAUUCCAAUAUCAAAUGAAGCAUGAUGCAUGAUGCUCUAAUUUCCGCCGAGGACUAGCUAUGGCGUCUCCUCCCCCCACCCCCCACCACCAUUACGUCCAUUGCCUGCCUACCUCAAAUGUGAUUUGUCAUACUUGAUUCAUUUCCUCCCUGCCGAUAACUUAUAGGGACACGGACCUGCCUAGUGGUAGGCAUUUGGUCGGUUGGUCGAGACAAAUACCGUGUGAGCCUUAAAGUGAGAUUGCCAAUCAGUCUGCGGAUUACUAGUCAGCUGACUUUGAGGACUGCCUUCCACGAGGCGAUCCUCCCACAGACAGCGGCAGGCAGUGCUAGUGGGUUGUCACACGCUUCGACCGGGAUCCAGAGAGACUGUGCAGGGCGUUUCUACAAAGCUCCACGACGUGGUCAGCGGCAGGGUGAGGGUGUGAGGAUGCUAAUGAGGAAGAGGAGUGUGAGGUUAGAGGAGAGUGUUGGGGAAGGCCUUGACUUGAGAUCCCAGCAUUCUAGCUUGGGUAGUGAUUCUAGGACGUAUAACUACUAAGGAGUAGUUGAUUCCUUGGGGUAAACAUGUUUCCCUUUCCCCUGAUUGUAUGUUGUGCAGAGGGGGAUAAGAGACAAGACAGCAUUUGUUUUUUUGCUUGUCCCUACUCCCAGGUUGGUGUAUGAAAAGGUUUAGGGGUCAAGCCGAUUGGCAAUGAGGACUGGGAACUUAAUUUGGCUGCUGCAAGUCGACUAGCAAAUAGAUUACGGUGUAUUGUAGUGAGUGAGUUAUGCAAGGAACGUUGCACAAGAUUAUAUGGAAGUGGAAUGCAAACUGAAAAUGGCUAGGCUGACUCUAUUGGUCACAACUUGCAGGGACUUGAGGAGCUGAAACUUGAAAGACAGCUUAUCUGCUGAUCUUGGUAAUUCAGGGUUGCAGGUUUAGAUUUUUGUUUUUGGCUAUAUUGUAAAAAGCAGUAUAGGCAGUGGUAGUAUAUUUGAACUCAAAAGUUGUAAAUGUGUGGAUGUCAACUCACUCUCGGAUAUCACUCUUGAAUAUCACGAGCUAUCAACAUUCAACAGAUACACAUUCAGCGAGAAAAAUAAAGUUACUCUUUUUCAGAUAAAAGUGAUAUUAUAACAAUGGCAUGGCUACUUGUAAAAUGAAUUUUCAGAUCUAAAAGGAAAGUUUGGCGAGUGAGAGAUAUUAUAACAAUGGAGCUUCCAACAUUCUUGGACAUGCAUAGUGCUCCAAGCAUAAUGUCAAGAGAGUAAGAUGUGAGUGGUAGUCUCCAAACCUGCUCAACACAAUAGACACCAAUUUGGAACACCAAAACCUCAACUCUUUCCCUGCAGUUCAUCCAUUGCUGAAAUCUGCGAAUAUUGCGCCUGCCAAACGUCCAUGGAUCUUGGGAAGUACCAUACAUUCCCAAAUCUGCUUCUUUGAGAAAUAACGUUUGUCCUGGGAAUCUCUCCAAUGUAUUGGCAUCUCCAUCAAACUCAUGCAUUAACACCAUUCAAAGGAAGAUUCAUCAAAAACCUGUCUCCAACUGUUACGGGUACAACAUUGGUGUCUGUUAGUAACUGGAUCAGUUCUUUUACUUCCUCCAAGCAAACUCCUGUCUCCUUUAACUGCUCCAGAAAGUCUUCCAAAGCCCUAGGGUCGGGCCUCCAACCCGACUUAGAACCAUUCACAGCUCUCUUCAUGGUUUCCAUGGCCUUCUCAGUUUGACCAAGUUUGAGGUAACCUAUUGCCAGGUUAAGCCAAGAAUUUGCAUGGGGCUCACCUGCUUUCUUUAUUACCCUCUCAACCAUUGUUUCUGCCUUUUCCAUGAGAG